GAGCAAUAUGCCAAUGCUCAGAAGUUCGUCGUCGAUGAGCAUGGUCGACGCCUCACCACCGCUGAGAGUGGUCUGAAAAGGAACCUCACCGGCAGACAUAUGCAAAUGAUUGCCUUUGGAGGCGCCAUUGGAACCGGUCUCUUCAUUGGCUCUGGAGGCGCCCUCUCCACCGGUGGUCCUGCUUCCCUGCUCCUGGACUUCAUCAUCAUGGGGGUUCUUCUCGCUUGUACGGUCCUUGCCCUUGGAGAGAUGGCCACUACCCUUCCUGUGGCAGGUUCCUUCGCCGCCUAUUGCUCUCGCUUCAUGGAUCCAGCGUGGGGAUUUGCCAUGGGAUGGAACUAUUGGUUCGGCUGGUUUGUCACGCUGCCUCUGGAGCUCGUCGCCGCCUCCAUAGUCAUCGAGUACUGGGACCCAAACGCCGUUGUACCCCGUGGCAUCUGGAUCUUCGUCUUCAUCCUUGCCAUUUCGGUCAUCAACGUUGCGAGGGUUAGG